AGCGACUGAGCUCUCGGUGCGCUAAAACAUGGUCGAACAAAAGGCGAAAAAAGGGAACGAAAUUUGUCUGAACAGGAACAGUUCUUCCUUUUUGCUUCUCAGCUGCGUGCGAGCCAGCGGGGUUCCUCGGAAUCGCGAAUCGCUGCCCUCUUUCCAGCUUUGCUGAUGCCAGGAAUGAGAACUGCUCAGAGCGGCCUCCGGAUGUAGACCUAUAUGCUGAUUGCUCGGAGUUUUUUCAAUAGCUUUCGAAGAUGGGGACAUACUCAAAUAGAGGCCAUAUCAUGCCUGAUGCUAACAGUGGACCGUCCCUUUCCCAUAUCGCCUGGUUCUAUGGGAGCGGAUUUUUCCCUUCUCCAAAAGUCAGCUCAGGUCCUUCCUCACAAACCCAAUUGAACCCAGAAGAUGGUCUUCCUGUACCGCCAAUUCGUUCAGUUGCUUCAACAACUGAGCCUGCAAAGAGCAACAACCCUGGAACAAAAUCUGCAAAACCUAAGAAACGUAAGCCCUCUUCGAAAGAACCUGAUCAGAUAACAUCCAAGGUACUGAAGCAAAAGCAACCCAGGAAGAAACCAGGUUCUGGAAAAGGAAAGGGACAGAGCUUCCCCGAAGCAAAACGGGAAAAGAAGGAUCUGAACAUGAACAUUGAUUUAACAAACUGCGACUUCUCCGGGGUGCCUUCCCCUUAUUGCUCUUGCACUGGAAUUGCACGGGUCUGCUACAAAUGGGGGGCUGGUGGGUGGCAAUCUUCGUGCUGCACCAUCAGUGUAUCUGAAUACCCGCUUCCAAUGAGUUCAUCGAGGCCUGGUGUUCGCUUGGCCGGGAGGAAGAUGAGCAAUGGAGCAUAUGUGAAACUCUUAGUAAGAUUAGCUUCAGAAGGUUACGAUCUAACUCAUCCGGUUGACUUGAAGGAUCACUGGGCAAGACAUGGUACUAAUAAGUUUGUCACCAUCAAGUAGAGGUGUUAAAGUGAUCCUUUUCAAGUAAUGUCACUAGUGUAGAUAACAUUUCGAGCAUCAAGUGUCAUUCUUCUGUUCAAUUGUGGUGUUUUAUUGUAUCCUCGUGACUCGGUUGAAGUUGACUUGUUGGUGUAUAUAGCUUCUCUGUAAUGUAGCCUUUUCUAUUAUAUGCUAAUGCUUCUCC